AUGUGUGCUAGGGUCUUAAAUAACAAAACUGCCAAUUCCAAGUGGGUCUCUAAGCUAGUUGUUGAGAAAAUAAAGUCACAAGGAAAAGUUAAAGUUUCGGAAAUUAUGACAGAACUUAGGCAAAAAUACUCAGUUGGCAUAACCAAAGGGAAGGCUUGGAGAGCUAGAUCCAUGGUUGAGCAAAUUAUUGAAGGAGAUGCAAGGGAACAAUUUAACAAGCUAUGGAGUUAUGCAGCUGAGUUGAAGAAACAUUCAGCUGGAAAUACAGUAAAGAUUAACACUGAGAGGCCAGUGCCAACCCUACCACCUAGAUUUGGUAGAUUUUAUUUCUGCUUUGAUGGUUGUAAGAAAGGGUUCACAAAGGCAUGUAGACCCUUCAUUGGAGUGGAUGGGUGUCACCUUAAGACACACUAUGAGGGGCAGUUAUUAGUGGUUGUGGCAAGGGAUCCAAAUGACCAAUACUAUCCUUUGGCAUUUGGUGUAGUAGAGACUGAAACAAAGGAAAGUUGGAAAUGGUUUAUGCAACUACUUAUGGAAGACAUUGGGAUUGAAAAAAAGUAUGUCUUUAUAUCAGAUAAACAAAAGGGUCUUUUAAGUGUCUUUGAGGAGAUGUUUGAGCAAAUUGAACAUAGAAUUUGUCUCAGAAAUUUAUAUGCAAAUUUCAAGAAGAAGUUUGGUGGUGGAGCUGCUAUUAGGGACCUACUCAUGGGAGCUGCCAAAGCUACAUACAUUCAGGCAUGGGAGAAAAAGAUGAAUGAGCUCAAGGCAUUGGAUAAGGAGGCAUGGGAGUGGUUGAUGGGAGUACCUACAAAGUUAUGGUGUAAGCAUUCCUUUAGCUUUUACCCUAAGUGUGAUGUGCUGAUGAAUAACUUAAGUGAAUCUUUUAAUAGUACAAUUUUACAAGCUAGGGAUAAACCAAUUCUUACAAUGGUAGAGUGGAUUAGGAACUAUUUAAUGGGUAGGAUUGCCAAUAGCCUGGUUAAGCUUGACAAGUGGAAACAUAAUGUUAUGCCUAAUCCUAGGAAAAGAUUAGAUAAGGAAACUUUGAUGAGUGGAGAAUGGCUGCCAACAUGGAGCAUGGGUGAUUUAUGGCAGGUGCAUCAUCCAUACAAUGGGCUACAAUUUGUUGUUAAUCUUGGGACAAAAAGUUGUACAUGUGGAUUUUGGGACCUUGUGGGCAUCCCUUGCAGACAUGCUGUGUCUGCAAUUCAAUAUCAGAAUUUGAAUCCUGAAACGUAUGUUGACCCUUGUUACAUGAGAGAGGCAUACAAAACUUGCUAUGAAAACAAUGUCAGUCCAAUUAAUGGUAUGGACAUGUGGCCGAAUGUGGAUGUCGAGAACAUGGAACCACCUCAGUAUAAGAAGGGUCCUGGCAGACCUAAGAAGUUAAGGAUUAGAGAGCAAGAUGAAAUUGGAUCAAGGAUGAGGAGAAUUGGUUUAAGUUAUAGAUGCACCAAGUGUGACAAAUUUGAACAUAACUCAAGGAAGUGUAAGAGCACUGAACAAGAUCCCAAUGCAUUGAAGAGAAAGAGAAAGACACCAAGGAGCAAAGCUUCUACAUCUGCUGCACCAGCUGGAGUUGAACCUGAAUGUGGCCCUGAAUUAGAUGCAUUGCUGGAUGACAUGAUGCAGGCUUUUGAAGAACAACAAUCACAGGUUGUUAAUCCAACCCCUGCAUCACCUGUUCAAGCUGCAGCAGUUAAUCCAACCCCUGCAUCACCUGUUCAAACUGCAGCAGUUAAUCCAGCCCCUGCAUCACCUAUUCAAACUGAAACAACCAUAACAGCUGAUCAACCUGAGUCUAAUGCAUCUGUUGCAAAAAAAAACUAA